AUGUCUACAUCGCAGGUCAUGCCACUGGGCAGCACGACCAGUCAACACGACUUCGACGCUCUCGACCCAGACUCCUACACCGCCCAUCGUUUGAAGCAUGCGUCUGCCGAACACCUGCACCUCACUUCGCGUCGCUUCUUCAUAGGUCCGAUCCCGGAAGGAUGGCUCAAUAGCCACAGGAAGUCAUGGUACAGGCGACGGGUCGAGCUGAGCACCUAUUCCUCGAGGCGACAGAGCUUCCAUGCUACUACCGACCAUGGGCCCCACCAUAGAACGUUGACAGGCCUCGAUGGUCCCUCUACUGCUGCUCGCAUGAGUUUCAGCUUCCCUCAGCCCGAAGACGUCUACGACGAAGCUUCGAGUGCUGGCGAUGUUACAGACAUCGAAGAGCAAGGAACACCAGCAGAUGAAGAGGACCGAGACGAGCCAAGGAACAUUGAACCUGUAGCUACGACAGAUCUGCCUCAGAUUGUAGGGAUCGAGGAGGAGCAGGACGUCCAAGGUCGAAAAGGCACCAAGUCAACACCUGUUCCGCAGGACAAAGGCCUCGACGGGACCAAUGACUUGUUGAAACCGGGUCCAAGCAAGACGGGGACUGCCCGGUCUGCGGGAGCCGAGUCCUAUAAGACUGCUCAAGAAGAUCCCUUCUCCGAUUCCAAGGCUACCACACCGAUACUCGCACCACAACAGUCGGAACACGAUGCAGGGGAUCAAGACGACGCGCCUGAUGUGCCAACUAACAGAGUCUCCUUGCAGCCGUCAACACUGACACAGGGCACUGCCGACACGAUGACACCUCUACUCCCCGUUGCCAGCGCCGCUGCCAAAUCACUCGAGCAGCACGAGCCGGCCCCUUUGGAUAACGAACAGAACUAUCAACUGGCGCGAAGUCGCACUGGGGUCAGGUUCAAGGUUUCCGAAGGAGUCCACAAGGGUCAGCACAAGAUGGUACACAAAGCCGUCCGUGCCCAGGACCGGGUGGCGAACAAAAGGCUGAGGCGAAAUACCCUCCGCGAGGGGACGAUUGUCAAGAUGGAAAGAAUGCUGGUCAGAGUCGACAUGACCUUGCAACAAGUUCCGGAGGACUUUGACGAGAACGAGAGUGUCAAGAUCGAGACAAGGAUGCUCGACAAAUGGCGAGAAUUCAUGGUCGUCGCGAGAAAGAGCAAGAAGCAGGAUAUUGACGACUUCCGGCUGCAAAUCUACAAGACGCGUGUGAUCCCGGAAAUCGACGACGAGAAGACAAAAAAGAAGCCUACUCACGAAAUUCGGCUCGAUCCUAAAACGGCAAAAGUCAAUCUGUAUUCCGCCCUGGACAAAACAGUGGUGGUCUGGCACCCAUACAAGAAGGGCACACGCAUUAUAGUGAUGCGACCAAUCUCAAUGGCCCACUCCGUCGAGUGGUAUACUUUCCUCAGGGACGCCCUUGGCUUGGAGAGGCCCACGACAUUGCAGGUCAAUGUCCCAGAUCUGGACUUGACGCUCAGGCUGGACAACCCAUUCGAAGGACUCGAGACGGCUGGUCUAGAAGCCGCGGAUGAAGAAAGCGCCCUUGCUCGAACCGUCGCUGAAGAAAAAGCCGUUUCUGGCAGAAUCAUUUCCCGGUGUCUGGAGAUGCUCGAACGAGAUCCAGAGUGGUCAGAUGUUCUGCAUGUCUGGCGCGAGGCUGCCAAGAUGGGUCUCGCCUGGAAGAGAUAUGACAGACUUGAAUGGGUCUACGGUGCCAACGAGCAGAAGAUGUAUGGCACGAUGGCAAUGACGCGAUCGCACAAUCUUGAACUCCGACCGAAACAGCACUAUCCUACCACAUCGUAUGGCAGAAAAGGUGUAUCGCACGUCGAGCCUGCACCCAUUGAGGGCUUUCUGAUCCGCCUGACCUCUCAAAAGGGUGUCCACAAAAGAAUGGGAAAGGCAUUCUUCAAACGAUUGUACUUUUCAACACAUAACCAAUUUUUAGUGUUCAAUCGACCAGCAAAGGCAACUCCGCCUCACCCACCACGACUUGCGACAAUCGGUGGGAGCAAUGUUCCUUCGGCCCACGAGAUAGUGGAAAAGACACCGAUGAUGUACGAUAUCGAACCUUACAAGUUACAGAAUGGCGAGAUCUCAUGGCUGUCAUCUGGCAACCCGGAUCACUUACAACAGCAUGAUCGAGAUGCUGUUGAGGAAGCUCGGCGUAAUGUAGCAAAUAUAGCGGACGCUGACGGAUAUGUCAAUAUGUGCAACAUCCGGAAGGUCCGCACCAUCAAAUGGGGUGCUUCCCCAGUCGAUGAAUCACUGGAGACCGGCUCGAGCUCCGAUGUCGACUUCCACCAGGACGUCUCCGACACCAGGGAAGAGGAUGGCUCCACGAAGGAAAUCGACGAUGACCGCGUUUUCGAGCUUCUCCUGGACAAUGGGCUCGUCAUCCGGCUGCAGGCAUAUUCCAAGCAGACACGCGACGAGUGGAUACACAGGUUGAAGAAGUUGGUCAAAUACUGGAAGUUGCGCGUGGCGGCAGAAAUGGACACGUUCAAGUCGAUCAGAAAGGCCAAUCUGGAGCAGUUGAACGUCGACGAGGAGAUGGAAGCCGUUAUCGGCCAGUUUGCGAAGAAGUGGGAAGUCAGCCGUAGUGAGGCAAGCCCCGAGCUGUACAACAUGUGCGGCAUCAGCAGCUGUCGAAGUAUUACCAUGUCCGGCUCCCUGUUCCUGAAAAAGCGUCGACGCGCGACUUUCCGCCGGUGUCAGGUCAUACUUAGCGGUGGCAAACUGCUCAUCUUCCAGUCCGCCCUGAGGAAGACCACUGGCGAACAGGUACGGUUCAUCCACCAAGAGAAGCAAGAGGAGGUGGACUUGAAGGACUGCUACGUCUACAGUGGUCUCCUUGUCGAAGACGACCUGCUAUACCAGAACCGGACUUUUGACGCAAACCAUCCAGGUCUAGCCAGUCUACCUCGAGUUUACCUCGAAGACGGCUGGACCAGUGCCGAUGUCGACUUUAUGACCUGUUUCGUCGUUUGGAUGAACAGGAGGAAAGGCUGGUUCAAGACGGCCGGUUCGGACGACGCUACUCCCGCUGGAGCUGACGAGGGCAAGUCAACAACAGGCCGAACUCGAGCUAGGCUCAAGAGAGUAGGUCAAUUGGGCGUCCCUGGCAGAGGCAUGGUCUUCAAGUGCCGCAGUCGCGCAGAGCGGGAUCAUUGGGUCUUGAGCGUGGCGAGUGAGAUUGAGAGGGUGGUUGAGCAGGAGGCCGAAAAGGCGGGUGACGAGAACGAGUUCCGCUUUGACAAAUGA